CCGAAACUUGCUCCAUCUCCAAAUCCCGUGCUUCUCAUUCGCCUAGACCCUGGGUUUGGCGGGUUUGGAUCGGUGACUCAACCAGACUUGCGGGUCCAGCAUGAAAGCGCCGUGUCUGCGCCGCACGUGUGAGCAAAUCUACCUCUAGACUACCUCCUAACUAAGUCCACGGUAAUUGCAGGACUACACGCAAAGAACCCGAGAUUUUGGUAUCCCUCGGGGUCGGGAUCGGGCACCAGACGGCCUUGGCGAUCGCAUAGAUCGUGUCCCGGGUUCCUCCCUUUGACUGGUUCAUUGCUGUACGAGGUGCAUCUACAUGUCAUCCCGCACCACAGCCAGCACUGUUUAGUCAAUGGUCAAUGGUCAAUGGCCCAGCCAGAACCAGCCAUGGCGGCGGAAAUAGGAUUUCUUUGUCUCCUCGGUCCUGGGCGCCAUCUGCAAGUCAGAGCCACACGUCAUCUUGUCUGUCAGCGCCCCGUCCGAGUCAGGACGCCGGGAAGGGUAGCAAUAGCUAGGUAGCUAAAGAAAUAAAUAUAAGCAAAGCCUGAGGCACGGCUUACCCUUCUCUUCUGGCUUACCAGACCACAGACAUCUGCAAUAUAAUCAACAAUUGUAUACAUUACCUACUUUAUAGAAUUUAUUAAUUCACCUUCGUUAGACGCCACGGCUUGAUCUCCUCCAUGCUAUCCACUCGAGCACACACAACAAGGCUUUGCUCGCCAAAGCAAGCUGCUCAGCUUUCUCGAGCUAUAGUACCGCUCCUAACAACGUCAAACUCGACAUUGGGUAGUCCAGUUGGCAUCCGUCUUGCAUUCGUACCUGCUUCACAAAACCUCCAUCACCAACAUGGCAGCACGAGAGCCUUCUCAACAACACCCGCAAAUCAUAUGCGUGACUUCUUCCCAGCUAAGGAGACAGAACACAUCCGAGAAACAUUGCCCGCAUGGCCGCACCACGGUUACACCGAGAAGGAAAUGUUAGAGGUGGUGCCGGCACAUCGUAAGCCAGAGACUUGGGGUGAUUAUUUCGCCUGGAAAUUCAUGCGUUUCUGUCGAUGGGGAAUGGAUACCGCCACAGGUAUGCGCGGCGAGCAGAAGGUCGACAAGGCAAACCCCACAACCGCAACCCACGCCAUAAAACCCUUGACAGAAUCGCAGUGGAUGAUCCGCUUCCUGUUCCUCGAGUCUAUUGCCGGCGUGCCGGGCAUGGUAGCUGGUAUGCUGCGCCAUCUCCACAGUCUUCGAAGACUGAAGCGCGACAACGGGUGGAUCGAGACGCUGCUCGAGGAAAGCUACAAUGAACGCAUGCAUCUACUGACGUUCAUGAAGAUGUGCGAGCCGGGCUGGUUCAUGAAACUCAUGAUCCUCGGCGCACAGGGCGUUUAUUUCAAUGGCAUGAUGCUCUCGUAUCUGAUCUCGCCUAAGAUCACGCACCGCUUCGUCGGAUACCUGGAAGAAGAAGCCGUGCACACGUACACGAUGGCCAUCAAGCAGAUUGACGACGGUCACCUGCCGAAGUGGUCGUCGUCGGACUUUGUCGUCCCUGACAUUGCUGUCAAGUACUGGCAUAUGCCCGAGGGCAAGCGAACAAUGCGAGACUUGAUCAUGUAUGUCAGGGCAGACGAAGCUUGCCACCGCGGAGUAAACCACACGCUGAGCAACCUCGACCAGAAAGAAGACCCGAACCCCUUCGUCAGUGACUACAAGGGCGACAGAGCCCCUCCUAGGCCCAUCCUGAAAGGCGAGGGAUACGAGCGCUCCGAGGUUAUGUAAUCGGCUCAAGUACCAGACACCUACACAACCCUGACAUAACACUGCCCGACUGGCAAGAUCUUUCCUUUUCUUCUGUUUCAAUCAUUUUAUCAUUGGCAUUAUAUCCAGCUGUACAAUAUGCAUUACCGCGGCGUUUAAACGGAACGGGCAGCAUUUUUCAAAAAUUUUAAAAAGGAGUAAAAAACAGGCUUAUAUUUGAUUUCGAUACCCCUAUAUACUAUACUAUAUAUCGCUAUGUUACGCGCUAGAUGGAUGGCUAGAGAUAUACCAGGUCAGAGGAGAACAUUUCGGAUCGGUGUUCCUUUUUUUAAAUGUAGAGGGACGGAUAGAUCUGUUUGUUCUCCGUCGUUACAGAAAUAGAAUAGAACAAUCUCUCUUCCUUGUUUGAUAAUUCUCAAUUCUCAAUAAUUGC